UUGCCCAGAGCCUUUAGACUGGUUGCCUGCCUAGGAGCUGCGGCGAAGAACCCAUGCCCGGGAACCGUAUUUUGUGCGCCCAGCUCAACCCGCGUGACGCGGAGAGCCGCGAGACUGAGGAAGUAGGGACGUGAGAGAGAGAUGGCAGCAGAGCGAGACGAGGGCUGCCCAGAGAAGAAGCACCCAGAAAGGAUCAGGGACACGGAUUCAGACGCUUCUGCGGCUGGGAAGGAGACUUGACUGUCGUUGGUGCGGGAAGAGCCAGGCGAUAGUGGACUAGAGAGGGAUGAAGCUGCAGGACUGACUUCUGAAUACUCAAGUUACUCAAGAAAGAAACUGGGAGGAGGAGAAUGAAGAAACAGAAAGAACCAGUGAUGUCUGCCAUGAAGGGGAAGUUGACUUUCAGUGAUGUGGCCAUAGAGUUCUCUCAGGAGGAGUGGGAAUGCUUGGACCCUGCACAGAGGGCUUUGCACAGGGAUGUCAUGUUGGAGAACUACAGCAACCUGGUCUCCCUCGGAGUCACACUUCCUAAUCUGAAUAUUAUGUCUAUGUUGGAAGAAGAGAAAGGGUCCUGGAUCGUGGAGAGUAAGGCAGUAAUAACCAGAAAACCGAAUGGACAAGAAUAUGUGAGGACAGUCAACUGUCUUGAGCAUGUAAUUAAAGAUUUACCACCAAAAGAGAGCGGCAAUUCAGGGGAAGUAGACCAGACAGUGGUGUCAGAAAGAUAUAAAAGCAGUGGCACUGAAGACUGUUCCUUCCGAGGACUCCAGAAGAACGUACAGGAUUUUGAGAGGAAAGACAGUGAAAGGAGUUAUAAAUUCACCCAUAGAAGACAUCAAGAUUGUAGAAAGAAUACAGGAAAAUGCCUUAGGAACUCACUUGAAAUGCAGCCAUUUCCAUCUACAGAGAAUAUUGAUGAUGAUGAACUUAAGUCUAUCACCAGUGGCUUUUCAAUUUCAUCAUCUGAACAGAUUUCGUCUAUUGGUGUCAAAGCUCACAUUGUUCAUGAAUACGAAUAUGAUGUUUAUUGUUCACUACUUAUGAAAAGACACAAAGCACACAUUAAGGAAAAACCUUAUCAGUGUAAUGAGUGUGGCAAGGUCUUCAGUUAUACUUCUUCUCUGGCACAUCAUCGGCAAAUUCAUACUGGAGAGAAACUUUACAAAUGUGUCCAAUGUGGUAAGGCUUUUUUUCGACGUUCUUACCUUUUGGUACAUGAGAGGCAUCACACUGGAGUAAAACCUUACAAAUGUAAUGAAUGUGGCAAGGUCUUCACACAGAAUUCACACCUUACAAGUCAUCGGAGAAUUCAUACUGGUGAGAAACCAUACAAGUGUAAUGAAUGUGGCAAAGCCUUUAGUGUUCGUUCAAACCUAACUAAUCAUCAGGUAAUUCAUACUGGUGAAAAACCUUAUAAAUGUAACGAGUGUGGCAAGGUCUUCAGUCAGACUUCAAGCCUUUCAGUUCAUCGGAGAACUCACACUGGAGAGAAACCUUACAGGUGCAAUGAGUGUGGGAAAGCCUUUAAUUCACAUUCAAACCUAAAUACCCAUCAGAUAAUCCAUACUGGAGAAAAACCCUACAAAUGUUCAAGGUGUGGCAAGGUCUUUACUCAGAAUUCACACCUUGCAAAUCAUUGGCGAAUACAUACUGGAGAAAAACCUUACAAGUGUAAUGAGUGUGGAAAGGCUUUUAGUGUGUAUUCCAGCCUCACUACCCAUCAAGCAAUCCAUAGUGGAGAAAAACCUUACAAGUGUGAUGAGUGUGGCAAGGUUUUCACGCAAAAUUCACAUCUUGCAAGUCAUCGUGGAGUCCACAGUGGGGAGAAACCUUACAAAUGUGAAGAAUGUGGCAAAGUCUUCAGUCAGACUUCAAACCUCGCAAGGCAUUGGAGUGUUCAUACUGGGGAGAAACCUUACAAAUGCAAUGAAUGUGGCAAAGCUUUUAGUGUGCGUUCAAGCCUAACUUCCCAUCAGGUAAUCCAUACUGGAGAAAAACCUUACAAAUGUAAUGAAUGUGGCAAGGUCUUUAGUCAGACUUCAAGCCUUGCAAUUCAUCAGAGAAUUCACACUGGAGAGAAACCUUACAGGUGCAAUGAGUGUGGGAAAGCCUUUAAUUCACAUUCAAACCUAAAUACCCAUCAAGUAAUCCAUACUGGAGAAAAACCCUAUAAAUGUCUGGAAUGUGGCAAGGUCUUUACUCAAAAUUCACACCUGGCAAAUCAUCGCAGAACCCACACAGGAGAGAAACCUUACAAGUGUAAUGAGUGUGGCAAAGCCUUCAGUGUGUACUCAAGUCUGACUACUCAUCAGGCAAUCCAUACUGGAGAAAAACCCUAUAAAUGUCUGGAAUGUGGUAAAGUCUUCACUCAAAAUUCACACCUAGCAAGUCACCGUAGGACUCAUACUGGAGAAAAACCUUACAAAUGUGAUAAGUGUGGUAAAGCCUUUAGUGUGCGUUCAAGCUUGACUACCCAUCAGGCAAUCCAUACGGGAGAAAAACCUUAUACAUGUAGUGUGUGUGGCAAAGUCUUUAGUCGAAGUUCUAACUUUGCAAGUCAUCAGAGACUUCAUAUUGGACAGAAACUUAAGUGACUGUAGCAAGGCCUUCAGCCCCAAUUCACUUGCACAAUAUCCAGGAAUUCAAUCUUAAGAAAAUAUUAAUUUAAAUGAUAGAACAACACUCAUCAAGAGUUAAAGUACAUCACUGGUUAUGGUUGUAUGCAUGCAAACCACACACUUGUCAGACAGUUGUGGGAUUUACCAGAGGAAUAAGUCUUCAUCUUCCAUAGCUAAUCUUUGAUGUUACAGGCAACAAAAUAAUUGUUAAUUGCAGAACAAUUAAAAUUCAGAAUAGGCUAAAACUAUACACACACACAUAUAUAUUGCAAGACUACAUUGAUAUACCUGGUUGCCUUCAGGAUAUAAAUUAGUCAUUGUUUUGUAUUUCCCUGCAAAGUCUUCCUUAUAAUUUAUGAUUGUCAGCCUCAACUUUGUGAUGGUACAGUUCUUGCCCCAGGGCCUUUUUCUUCCACCCUCUGGGAAAAACAGGAUGAAAAAUCACAUUAGUAUGAAAGGAACAUGUCUAUAAUUUCUGAGAAUGGCUCCACCUUUGAAUUAACUAUUGCUUAACUUACUGUUUUGUUUUAGUUUUGAUUAACCCUAUAACCAAAGCCAACUAAAAUGUUUAUUUCAUCUUAUGGAUUAUAGUUAAUUAAGAUAAGCCAGAGCAGGGGCUAGAGUAGGAAUGUGGAGGCAGGAACUAAGGUAGACAAUGGAGAAGGUAUGCCUGCUGGUUCACUUUUCAUGGCUUAACUUCCCUUAUACAACCCAGUACCACCUAGUGGUAGUGCCCAAAUUGAACUAGGCCCUCCCAGAAAAUGUUUGUCAGAUAUGCUCAAGUCCAGACUGAUGGAGGCAAUUUCUUAAGAAUCCCUCUUUCCAGGUAAUUCCUGGGUGCCAGGUUGACAAGAUCUAAACAGAACAUUUAUCAUCUGAAAGGCAUGGGAUAUUGUAAAACUGCAACACAAAGUUUUCAAGUUCAUUGUGUAAUUUGGAGGUUAUCUGUGUGGCAUCAGCAAUUAAAUGGGAAUGAAAUUAGAAUAUUGAACUUUUUUUCUUUUAGUUUUCUUUUUUAUUUAUUAAAAAUUUUCCCCUCCUCCCAUUUCCCUCCUUCUCCAGUCCUAAGAGCAGUCAGGGUUUCCUGCCCUGUGGCAAGUCCAAGGCCCUCCGCCCCCCAUCCGGAUCUAGGAAGGUGAGCAUCCAAACAGACUAGGCUCCCACAAGGCCAGUCCAUGCAGUAGAAUCAAAACUCAGUGCCAGUUCUUGGAGAAAAUCAACAAGAUUGACUUAGAAGAAUAUUGAACUUUUUAUGAAAUGAGAACAAUAUACUCAUAGGGAUGGAUUGUCUGGUAAAAUACAGAAGGCAUAGUUAGCAUCUACAUUGACUGGCAAUAGCUUUUAUACAGCAAAAUAUAAUUUUUCUUACUGUUUAAUUUGAAGAAAGAAACUUUUAGAAUGGACCAUUUAACCCAAGGAAUCAAAGUGUAGGAGAUGGCCAUAGAGGUUGUGGAGAAGCACUUGUCUACCAUAUGUGAGGCCCUCAGCAGCACCAAAAGUAAAAAUACACUGAAGUUUUCUUGAGGAUAUCAUUUAACUAUUGUUGUUAAGCUUUGCCACUAUUUUAUUCAAAAUAUAUCCUUGACCUAAUUUUUAGUUAAAGCUUUUUACAUUCCUGCGAAUGUGUUUUUAAUUCUUCUGUAUAGUCUUUUUCUGUAUCAGUACAAUGCUCCUCCAAGGAAAUGAGAAAAUGAAGUAAAGCUCCUCAGGUUGAGGUUUCUAUACUUCGUAUGAAAUCAAACGCUAUAAAGUUUUAGGGCCCUAUAAUCAUUUUUCAUUGAAUUUAUUCUGUCUAUGCCCAAAGGAUACUUGUGUAGAUAUAAUGGACAUCAAGAAGAUACAUUGUGUAGACUACCAAAGCAAAGGUAACAUGUUUUUGUAUACACCUGUUGACUCUUCAUAGCUGUGCAGUACUUUCAUUGAUUGAUAUAAACUAUGCAGUCUUCAUUCUGGUUGACUUUCCACAUGAAUAAAAUUUGAGUGGCUGGAGAGAUGGCUCAGUGGUUUAGAGCACCGUCUGCUCUUCCAGAGGUCCUGAGUUCAAUUCCCAGCAACCACAUGGUGGCUUACAACCAUCUGUAAUGAGAUCUGGUGCCCUCCUCUGGUGUGUGGGCAUACAUGGAGGCAGAAUGUUGUAUACAUAAUAAAUAAAUAAAUCUUUAAAAAAAAUUUUGAAAAACAACCAGUACUAUUAGAAUCAUGAAUUCAACUAUUUAAUGAAAAAAGUUUACCAUAAGCACUAUUUAGUAAACAUGAAGUUAAAAUGCAUGAAGUAAUAUGAAUAAAAUAUUUCAGAAUUUCUGAAGGGAGAUAAUUUAUUACUCUUCUAUUACUGCUAUAAUACCCCCCCCCAAAAAAGCAAGUUAGGGGAAAAAAGGUCAUUUUAUUUUACAGUUUUCAGAGGAGAUACAGUCAGUAAUGACAAGGAAGACAUGGCAACCAGUACCAGAACAGAAAGUUGGGCCAUGCUGUAAGACGUCAAAGGACAAUUCCCAGUUACCUCUUUCGGUCCACAACCCAAAUAGUGUCACCAACUGGGGACCAAAUGUUUAGUUACAUGAGCCUUUGGGAGACUUUUCUUAUUGAACCCUUCAUUGACUUCCCUCAGUGUUGCAUCCUUUCUUCCCUAAACCAGUAUGAACUGGAAAAUACUAAGCUCUGCCUCCAACUUUUUAUGAAGCUUUCCCUUGGGCCAGUUGCAUCAACUUCUGCACACGGAAGCUGGUAAAAAACUUUCCUAUUUGCUUUGUUGGGGCAAAGGAAUCCUAACGUUUCACCGCUCAUAAGUUGUGGCCUUAGCUGUUGGAGUUUUGCUUAUCUUCCUGUGCCACGUGUUUUUUACUAUCGACUCAUAAGUAGCCAGUAAUAAUGCCACAAAAUAGUGUGGUAUUUUGAAUACUUUCCCAAAGAAAUCAGCCCAUUGCUUCCUAAUGCAAUGUCACUCAAAUUCUUGCGGUGGGGGGGAGGUAUAGAAUUCAGCAGGAUCCUUUGCCAGUACAUAACAUAAACUGAUAUUAGAGUCCUUGCUUUCUUAUGAAGUCUCGUGAGCUAUACUUCCGCAUUUUGCCUUUUUCUCAGUAUUGCUGUCAUCCCUGAUCACACUAGAAGUCCCAUUAAGUUCUACUUAUAGCAUUCAGUAGUAUUUCCAACCAAAAUACAUCAUGGGACUUUGCUUCCACAGAAUACAGGCCUAUAAACCACAUGG